AUGAGGUGGCAGCGUGGCUCUCGAUUUAAUGGUCUCCGUCUGAUGGUCCCAUGGUUGUCAUCAGUCUUGGUCCUGAUUCUGGGAUUCUCGGGCCUGACUACAGCUGUUGCAACGCCACAUGAACAGCAUGUCUCAACUGCUUUCUCCAGCCAAGUGCCAUUGGACUGGCUGCUUACUGAUCGAGGACCAUUCCACCGAGCCCCAGACUACGUUGACUUUAUAGACCGCUAUCGUCAGGGUUUCACCACUAGAUACAGGAUCUACCGAGAAUUUGCUCGCUGGAAAGUCAAUAACUUGGCAUUGGAAAGAAAAGAGUUCUUCAGUUUGCCUUUGCCUCUGGCUCCAGAAUUCAUCCGCAACAUUCGUCUUCUGGGGCGCCGGCCCAGCCUUCAACAGAUCACAGAGAGCCUGAUUAAAAAAUACGGGACCCAUUUCCUUCUCUCGGCAAUUCUGGGAGGGGAAGAAUCCUUGACCAUUUUUGUGGACAAACGGAAGCUCAGUCGGAAAGCAGAAGCUGGUAACCUAUCAGGGAGUGGUGGAAAUAACACCACCGUCUCCUUGGAAACACUGCAUCAGUUGGCAGCCUCAUACUUCAUUGAUCGGGAGAGCACCCUAAGACGUCUCCACCAUAUCCAGAUAGCAACUGCUGCAAUCAAGGUUACUGAAACCAGGACGGGCCCACUUGGCUGCAGUAACUACGACAACCUUGACUCUGUGAGUUCGGUUCUUGUGCAAAGCCCAGAAAACAAGGUUCAGCUACUUGGUCUUCAGGCAGUAUUACCUGAGUACCUGCGAGAACGCUUUGUUGUUGCUGCCCUAAGUUACAUCACCUGCAAUUCAGAGGGGGAGCUGCUGUGCCGAGAUAAUGACUGCUGGUGCCAAUGUGAGUUUAAUUACCCACAAUGCAAUUGUCCUGAGACUGACAUCCAGAGUAUGGAAGAUAGCCUUCUCCAGAUCCAGGAAAUCUGGGAGAGUCACAAUCAACAGUUUCGGGAAUCAGAGGAACUACAGUCUCUUGUGAAGAAGCUGCCAGUGGAUCUCUUCUUGAACAUAACUGCCAUCUCUCAAUAUUGGGCAACAGAUGUUGAUAUUCAGCAUCGCUAUCAAAAAUUGGGCAUGACUUUGAAGAUGCUAUCCAAGAAAAGCCAUCGGAAUGUCCGACGCCUUUUCAAUCUAGCUAAACGCUGCCCCAGGCAACCUCGCUUCAAACUCCUAAAGGAGAGGCCUAUGACCUACUGGUGGAGCCGCGUUCAGUCCCUCCUUUACUGCAGUGAGGCCUCUGUGCUAGGGACAUUUGUUGAAGAAAGCCGCAGCUGCAUCUGCCCUAAUGAUCAGCCCUCUUGUCAGGUCACCAUCCCCUGUGUUGUAGGAGAAGGGCCAGAAUGUGCUGCCUGUGCAGAAGAUAAUAUCACUCAGUGUGGAUCCUGCAACCCUGGCUAUAGCCUCACGUUGGGGUUAUGCCGCCCAGAGGUGGCAGAAUCUCUUGAGCAUUAUCUAGGGCUAGAAACAGACUUGCAGGACUUGGAGCUCAAAUAUCUUCUGCAAAAGUGGGACAGCCGCAUUGAAGUACAGUCAAUCUUCAUUAGCAAUGAUAUGCGCCUGGGGACUUGGUUUGAUCCUUCCUGGAGGAAGAGGAUGUUGGUGACACUGAAAAGCAACAAGUACAAGCCAAAUUUGGUCCACCUCAUGCUGGCCCUCUCCCUUCAGAUCUGCCUCACCAAGAAUAGCACCUUGGAACCAGUCAUGGCCAUCUACGUCAACCCCUUUGGUGGUAGCCAUUCCGAGAGCUGGUUUAUGCCUACCAAUGAGACUGGCUUCCCUGACUGGGAAAGGACUAAUGUAGAUGCCUCUGGCCAAUGCCAAAACUGGACUCUCACUUUAGGCAGCAAGUGGAAGACCUUUUUUGAAACAGUCCAUGUCUAUUUGCGGAGCCGCAUCAAAUCUCUUAAUGACAGCUCUAAUGAAACCAUCUUUUAUGAGCCUUUGGAAACUGAUCCUUCUAAGAACUUAGGGUAUAUGAGAAUCAAUAGUUUACAGGUCUUUGGCUACAGCCUGCCAUUUGAGUCUGAUGCAAUUCGGGACCUUGUCCUUCAGCUAGAUUACCCCUAUACACAAGGCUCACAGGACUCUGCUAUAUUACAACUGAUUGAGAUCAGGGACCGAGUGAACUGUCUCUCUCCACCUGGGAAAACCCGCAUCGAUCUUUUCUCUUGCUUGCUUCGGCAUAGACUCAAGCUGGCCAACAAUGAAGUGAGUCGGAUCCAGUCUACCCUGCAGGCCUUCAGUGCCAAGCUGCCAAACCCAGUGGAAUAUGAGACUGGAAAACUCUGCAGCUAG